UUGACGUUGACAGUCAGCUGUCAUGUGGCUGUCAUCUUCAUUGAUUAUUUUGGUCGUAUUGCGUGAAAAAAUAAUCAUUAAAUUUCAUAAAACUACAUCAAUUCUCCUUACCGAAAUCCCGUAUACGGGUUCGCAAAUACCAGCAGUUUAUCGCAGCGAGCUCCUGUACAGUUUCAUUGUGUUUCAGUAACCAUGCCAGGCACAAACCUCAUAGUACCCGUGGUACUAUGGGGCAAGCAUGCACCAACACACUGCAUAUCCUCAGUGUACCUAUCAAGAGACCAAAAGACAUUGGUCACUGGUUGCUAUGACGGUCAGAUAUGUAUCUGGCAAGUGGAACCAGAGACCCUGAAGAUGACCCCUAGGUGUCUGCUUGUGGGACACACUGCGCCAGUCACUUGUCUCUCGAGAGCUUCUAUUAUACAGGACAAUAACUUCAUAGUGAGUUCUUCAGAGGCCGGAGAGAUGUGCACUUGGGAUCUAGUUGAUGGAAAGUGCAGGGAGAGUGUGAAGCUCACACAAGUCCAUACCAAUAUACAGGCAUACCACAUGUGCAACAGUGAUGAUCUACGUCUCUUCUGCAAUGGCUAUUAUGCUGAAAUACUGAUCAUGGACCCCUUCUCUUUGGAAAUACUCUUUUCUUUGAGUUCUAAAAUGAACCCAGACUGGAUAUCUGCUUUGCACGUGCUACGGCCAUCUUCAAGAAAGGACGAUGUUGUUCUUGCGAUUUCUAUAACUGGUACAGUGAAGGUCUGGUCCCUACUCGGCCACGAAAACAAGCAAUCGGAGCCGAUAUACGAGAACGAAUCCAAACAGAUACGGUGUCUCAAUGCACUGUCGCUCAACUGUUGCGCUUACAACCAACGCACGGUCCUCAUCGUUUGCGCCAAAUACUGCCAGAUAUAUGACGCGGGGGAUUUCUCCGUCCUAUGCUCGAUCCAGGCUCCGUCUGGCGAACGUUGGAUGUCCGGCGACUUUUUGGCACCAGACAAAAUUCUUGUAUGGUCCACUGAAGGAAAGGGGUACCUUUAUAAACUGCCCGCCAACAAACUGCGUGGACGAGCUAUAAGUAGUUCUGUGCCAGAUCACAAGGGCUUCCACGGUCCUUCCGUGGAUCAUGACAGCCCUACGCUGUUUGGCAUACUUGCUCAUCCGGAUAAUAAGCUGCUGUCUUGUCCGCCUGCUAUGCGCUUCAUACUAACUUCAGUGGGAGGAAAACAGAGAAGAUUAUUGCUAAGGGGAGAUUCACAUGGAGUGGUUUCACUCUGGAACGUAGAUGAUGCGGUUUUGCCUCAAACCGGCCAGACCACUUCACAUGCGCCAAUCGUGUUAACAAGUCUGGAGAUGGCAUGGGCGGAAAUGAACCCCAGUCCCGUUGGAAUACUGGACCAGUUCAGCCAUCCUGAAGAACCAGAAAUAAAAUUGACCGCAUCGAUAUACCUUUUGGCGGCGAAUCGGUUAGUGGUGGGUCGCGAGGACGGCUCCAUUGUGAUCGUGAACGCGACGCAUACAGUUCAGUUGCAGUUACUACAUGGGAACCAUCAACAGCUGGAUGAUUUGCCUUUACACCAGCUUCUACUGGGUCACAACGGCAGAGUCAAUUGUCUUUUAUACCCACAUCACGUUCAUCACAGAUACGACAAAUCGCAUCUGGUCUCCGGUGGUAUAGAUUUCGCCGUGUGCCUAUGGGAUUUGUUCAGCGGCGCGCUGUUACACCGUUUUUGCGUCCACGCGGGGGAAAUCACACAGCUUAUUGUUCCCCCACUCAAUUGUAGUCCUCGGAUUCAGAAAUGCGUGUGCGCCGUUGCCUCCGAUCACAGUGUCACAUUAUUGAGUUUGGCGGAAAGAAAAUGCGUCACUCUGGCCUCUCGCCACCUAUUCCCAGUGGUGACCAUCAAAUGGCGACCACUAGACGACUUCAUGGUGGUAGGAUGUAGCGAUGGCACUGUUUAUGUCUGGCAGAUGGAAACCGGACACCUGGACAGAGUUUUACAUGGUAUGAUAGCGGAGGAAGUCCUCGCGGCGUGUGACGAAACUUUAGAGAAUGAAUUAGGUGGAGCCAUGACCUCUGGCACAGAUCUGCAGGGCUUGGCCAAUCCGGCAUUGCAUUUCUUCAGGGGCUUACGUCAUCGCAAUCUGAACGCGAUGCGCGCGGCCACGCAACGCGGUCUAGCCGCGUUGCAGGCGGCGGACCGCAGCGGGAAUGCCGGGCCGCUCGCCGAGCCUGCUCGAGCGCGCCGGGCUCCGCUCACCAUACAGGGCUUCCGGUCCAAUCCUGCGGACCCAGAAAGCCAUAUCCUGUUCUUCGAUAUUGAAGGCUUGAUCGUGGAAUUACUUAGUGAGGAGUAUUCAGCCAUGAGCCCAGCCAGUCUUGAGGCGGCUGGUCUAAUAACAAGCGAGUAUAUGAAGGUAGCAGCCCUAACUCAAUCUGCCAGCCCUGAUGCUGCUAAGCGGAUAUCCGACUUUUUCGGCCGUGUAAAAGACAAGGCUGGAGAUAUGGAACGGCUUUUGAAGGAAAAGGACAAACAUGGUAUCUUGGCAAAGAUGAAGGAGGGUGCUGAAACAAUGCAGACAAAGUUGCAGGCGAAAGCUGAACAAAUCAAGGCUCACUUGGAACCUAAAGAUGAAACCCCGACCAAGCGUAACCGUCCACGAGACAUGUCGCUGGCUGAACCGCCACACACCAUGGAAAUCGCGCAGAUCCUCAUAUCCUUGCUGCACGCCUGGGGCCUUGACCCUGACUUGGACAGGGUCUGCGAGUCCAAACUUGGCCUAUUACGACCCAUGGUCCCAGUAUGCUUCGGCGUGGUAUCCCGCCACGGUCACAUGGCAGUCCAGCUCCCCACCAGGCUGGGAGGCUGGGCUGAGGCGUGCGCGUCGGCGCCUGACGACCCUGUCCUCAUGACCUCUGACCUUCCCGCUGAGUUGGUUCGACAGGAAAAGUUGACCAGAUUGUUCACAUCCAAGCUACACUGGGAACUAAGCACCACCCUCACCACAAACCAUCUUCUGUCCAUCGUAGCUCUCGCUAAUACACUGAUGUCUAUGAGCAACGCAAGCUUCGUGCCAGAACAGGAGGUCGCUAGGAGGUUACACAGACCUACAACCCGCACCGCGUCCUGGACAGGUGACGAAGAACGUGAAGAACAAUUGGCAGCGCAACAAGCUCAUAUCAAACAAGGAUGGUCUCUUUUGGCCACAUUACAUUGCGUUUUGCUGCCAGACAAAGUUGUAGCAGCCGGCGCGAAGAGCUUCAAGCGUCCUCAAGUGGAGAUGCUGGCUCGCAGGUGGCAACACCACUGCCUCGAAGUCCGUGACGCUGCACAGGCUUUGUUGCUGGCGGAACUUGGCAGGCUGGGUCCCAAAGGGCGCAAGUCGCUAGUGGACAACUGGGCACAGUACCUGCCGCUGUACACUCACACAGAAAGCAUUAACCCCAACGCGGCGAAAAAGGAGCCCGUUGAGAAAGACGCUAGAGAUCAAGAAGAAGAAUUCGAGGAAGAGGAGGAAGACCAGAUUCGCAAGCCUUCGUCCAUAGCCGAGCUGAAACGCAAGCAAACCACUGCGGUCGUAUUACUUGGAGUGAUCGGUGCUGAAUUCGGACAGGACAUCGCGAGUGAAGGUGCUGCAGGCAAUAAGCGACGUAAAGAUGGCGACAGCAGAAAGAGUUCUAUUGUAGAAGGGUUCACACUUAGCGCCUCCAACAACCUAGCGCGGUUGACAGCCCUGGCGCUAACUCACUUGCUGCUAGCCGCCGGCUCGCCCCGCCUGCCUUCACACACGCCUCUUCGUCGCGCGGCCGUGGACUUGCUGGGUCGUGGGUUCGCGGUCUGGGAGCCAUAUCUCGACGUCAGCCAAGUGCUGCUCGGUCUUCUGGAAAUGUGCUCCGAUGCGGACAAGCUAGUACCAUCUAUGACGUAUGGCUUGCCAUUGACUCCGCAAGCCGAUUCCUGCCGCACCGCCAGACACGCGCUUACCCUUAUUGCUACGGCUAGGCCAGCCGCCUUUAUAACAACCAUGGCGCGUGAGGUGGCUCGCUGCGCCGCGGCGCCUGCGGGCGCUCCGCCCCUUCCUGCGGCUUUAGCGCUCCAGAGGGGACGAGCUGAGGUGCUGAGAGGCAUAGAGCUGCUUAUUGAGAGGAUGCAUGCUGAAGUUGCUGAACUAUUGGUUGAAGUGAUGGAUAUAAUCCUGCACUGCGUGGACCAGUCUCACCUGAAGAGCAAAGGCCUUAACGAAGUAUUUCCAGCCAUCUGCCGAUACAACCAGGUCUCACACUGCCCGGCCACCAGACGAAUCGCAGUGGGCAGUCACACAGGCCAACUGGCAAUAUACGAGCUACGUGCUGGUCGCUGCCAGUCACUGGCUGCGCAUACUGGCCCGGUAACCGCGUGUGCCUUCAGCCCCGACGGCCGGUACCUCGUGUCCUACGCCACUUCUGACAACAGACUCUCCUUCUGGCAGAGUACUGCCGGUAUGUUCGGGUUAGGCGCGGCGCAGACCCGCUGCGUGAAGUGCUACAGCACGGCGCCCAUGGCGGACGUGGCGCGGCUCAACCCUGCGCGGCUGGCGCGCCUCGUGUGGACCAACUCGCGGGCCGUCACGCUCAUGCUGGCUGACGGCUCCGAGACCAGGUUCAACGUGUAGACAGUGCAGAAGAUUGUAUCUAAGAUUCAAAUCUAUAGAGUGCACUUUGACUUUGCUCAGACUUAAGUUUCGCUACA